AUGCUCCUGGAUGUGGAGAACCGUCCACACUGCGAUUUAAGCAUUACUGCUGGAUCCGGUGACGACCGAGUGGUAUUUUCAGCACAUAAAUACAAGCUUAUUGCACAUUCAGAUGUUUUUCGUGCCAUGUUUCGGCAUAACACGAAGGAAAGCGAGACAAACGCCAUAGUAAUAGAAGAAUUCCCUGUAGCUGCGGUGAGAAAUAUGCUGAUUUUCAUUUACGCCGGUUCCAUUUCUCUACAGGAUUUAGAGCUUCAGGAUGUUUCUGACUUAAUGCAGUUGGCUGAGAAAUACAUUAUUCUCGUCCUUAAAGCAAUGUGUGAGCAGGAGCUCAUUGCGAGAAUUUGCUCCAGAAAUGUGGUCGAUUGUGUGGAGUUGGCAGAUUUAUACCAAGCCGCUUGCUUAUAUACAGAUUGCCUUCAUUUCAUGAAUAACAACAGACAUGGCACGCUGAGCUCGGAAUCAUGGCGCCUCCUGAAGGUUCGAAAUCCGAGACUGAGCGAUUCAGUAAUGGAGCACAUGAACGCCCUAACCAAUGUUGACCCAAUUCGUCUUUCUCCACCCGUGAAGACAAAUCGACUGUCGUGA